AUGGGUAAGUGCAGAAAGUUUGACAUGCCAGUUGACAUGCAGGUAGAACUUUCUAAUACCAUGGUGCUGCCAAUACUGACCUAUGGAUCUGAGAGUGCAUGUGAGGGAGUGGAUCUGCUUGGAGUGAGUGGGAAGAGCAGCCCAAAGGGGAGUGGAGGGCGUGGUGGUGGAGUGGUGGGGAGUGUGGAGGUGAACACAGAGGACAGGCGGGCCGUGGAGGCGUACCACCACUCCAUCUCUGACGACGUGGUAGACUGUGACCUGCUCCACGCACUGUGCCUCAAGAUCCACACUGAUCAGCCACCUGGUGCCAUUCUGAUCUUCCUGCCGGGGUACGACCACAUCGUCACACUGAGGGACAAGAUCAUCACUGAGGAGAGACAGUACCUGCAGGGGGGGAAGUACUGCCUCUUCUGCCUCCACUCCAGCAUGCAGUCCAGCGACCAGAAGAGAGUCUUCCGCCCUUCCCCGACAGGCGUUCGCAAGAUCAUUCUCUCCACCAACAUCGCUGAGACAAGUGUGACGAUCAAUGACGUUGUGUAUGUGGUUGACAGCGGCAAGGUGAAGGAGGUGAGCUACGACUCGAUGGUGGGUGUGUCGUGCCUGCGGUCAGUGUGGAUAUCUCAAGCCUCCAGCCAGCAGAGGAGGGGACGUGCCGGUCGCUGUCAGCCCGGCAUCUGCUAUCACCUCUUCUCUAGGAGUCGGUAUGCAGCAUUGCAGCUCUACCAGACUCCAGAGAUUCUGCGCACUCCUCUCCAGGAGCUGUGCCUUCACACCAAGCUCCUCGCCCCGGCCAACAUGCCCAUCGCAGACUUCCUGGCACGUGCCCUGAAGCGCCCGGCAUUCAUGGUGAUCCGUAGUGCCGUUCAGCUCCUGAAGAGAUGA